AUGCCUGGAGAGCCCGGGCCACCCGGACAGAUGGGACCCGAGGGUCCUGGAGGUCAGCAGGGGUCACCAGGCACCCAGGGCCAAACCAUCCAG